CAAUUUAUAAAGUUAAACAUAUACAUAUUAUAUAUUUAAAAUAACAUAUAAACAAAGUCAUAUACAUAUACAAUGACAUCAAUUGGAACUGGAUACGAUUUAUCAAACAGUGUUUUCUCACCAGAUGGAAGAAAUUUCCAAGUUGAAUAUGCCAUGAAGGCAGUUGAAAAUGGUGGUACAUCCAUUGGACUCAAAUGUAAGGAUGGGGUUGUAUUGGCAGUGGAAAAGAUUAUAAGUUCUAAAUUGCUUGUUCCAGGAAAGAACAAGCGGAUCCAAACCAUUGAUAGACAUAUUGGUGUGGCAUACUCUGGUCUUUUACCAGAUGGACGUCAUUUUGUUAACAGAGGUAGAGACGAAGCUUCUUCAUUCAAGUCAUUAUACAAGAGUCCAGUGAGUGUACCUCAUUUAAUGGAUAGAUUGGGGAUCUAUGUUCAGAAUUAUACUUGUUACAAUUCCGUGAGACCAUUUGGAAUUGUGGCGAUUGUAGGAGGUGUGGAUGAACAUGGACCUCAUUUGUACAUGAUUGAACCAAGUGGAACUUGUUGGGGGUACACCGGGGCUGCCACGGGGAAAGGUCGUCAAACAGCCAAGUCAGAGUUGGAAAAGCUCAACUUUGAAGAACUUACCGUUAAGGAAGCAGUAAUCAUAGCCGCAAGAAUUAUUGAACAAGCACAUGAAGAUAACAAAGAUAAGGAUUAUGAAUUGGAAAUCACUUGGUGUUCCAAAGAGGAAACUGGUGGUAGACACGAAGCUGUUCCUGAAGAAUUGUUACAAGAGGCCAUUAGACUUGCCAAGCAAGAGGAUGAUGAAGAGGAAGAAGAAGAAGAAGAAGAAGAUGCUGAAAUGGAAACGUAGUAUUACUAGAUUAGAAAAGAAAAUAACGAUAUAUACAUA